AUGAUUAGAUGUAAAACAAAUUAUUCAAAUAAGCGAAUAUUAAUAAUAUUCAUUAUUGUCUGUUGCAUUUUAUCUUAUCAACAACAAAAAAAUUAUAUCAAUCGAAUAAUAAAUAAUAUUCUUAUUAAAUUUCCAACUUCAUUCUUUCAUAACAAAACAACAAAUGUUAAAUUUGAACUUUCUCAUGAUAAUACAACAUUAACACAGAACAUCAAAGAUUUAAUCGAAUAUAAAGAAACAAUUUCUCCAUUCACAAUGAAUAAUACAACCCAUAAAUAUAUCAUUGAGGAAUUAUAUUUCACACUUACUACUAAUACUAAACGAAUAAUCAAUACGAUUCAUUAUUUAAAAUUUUGGGCAACAUUUCCUAAUAUUAACUGUCUUAUUAUUUUCGAAGAAAACGAUUUUAUGAAUAAUAAAAAUAUUAUAGAAUAUCUUAUUCAUGAAGGAAUUUUAUGUAAAAUACAAAUUUCAAAUAUAACAAAUUAUGAAGAAAGAUAUGUUGAAUUAUUUCAUCUUGCUUGGCAAAAUCAAAAUAGAAAUGUAACAAAAUCUAUUCAAUGGUUUAUUGUUAGUGAUGAUGAUACAAUAUGGUUUAUAAAUAAUCUUUUACAUACACUUCAACAAUAUAAUUCAUCAAUAUCCAUUUAUUUAGGUAAUAUUUCUGAUAGAAAAUCACAAAUUAAACGUCAUGGCGACUAUUAUGCUUAUGGUGGUGGUGGUAUUCUAUUAAGUCGAUCAUUAGCAUCAUUAUUAUCAAAAUAUAAUCAACAAUGUAAAAAAUAUAGGAAUAUCUAUGGUGGUGAUGCAAUGAUUGGUAAAUGUAUUACUGAAAUAUUAAAUGUUAGUUUAACAAAAAAUAGAAAUUUUCAACAAAUGGAUCAUAGUGGAGAUAUGACGGGUUAUUUUGAAAGUGGAAUUCAUGGUUUAGUAUCUUUACAUCAUAUGUUUUCAUUAUGGAAAUUAUUUCCCGAUGGAUAUGCUGAUAAAAUUAAUGAGACGAUGAGUCUUUUACAACUUGCUUAUAUGAAAUUUGAUAGAAAUUUCUUAAAACGAUAUAUUCAAAUUAAUCAAACAACUAAUCAAACAUUAUUAUUAACAAUAGGUUAUUCAGUUAGUUUAUUUAAUCGAAUAUUAUCUCAUGAAGAUUUACAGCAAGUUGAAAAUACAUGGAAUGGUAAUGAAAUGACAAUGAGAAAAUAUCGAUCGAAAGAAAAGAAUAAAACUACUUGGUAUUUUCAACGAAUAAUAAAGGAAAACUUUAAUAAUUCAAUUCAAUAUAAAACCAUUUAUGAAAAUAGAUAUAAUCAAAUCCAAUAUAUAAAUGUCAUAUUGUGUUAA